GUCGGAAAAACGUUGUCUAAACCAGGAUCGUCACGUUUAAUUCCAUUACGAUUAUUAAAUUUUGGAAAUUCGCCCCUGCAAGUUUAUGCUAAGUCUAGAGUUGGAAUAUUGGAGCCAAUUAUUCAGGAUAAAAAUGAAACAAAUUCUAUUGAAGUAUUUAAAAGGAAGGAUGAGUAUGUUUCCCCAGAAGUUAAUUGGGAGGAUGAAUUACCUAAUUUACCAAACCCUGCGGAUAAAAAUGAUAAAAUUUCAGAAAAACUUAAUUUAGAGGGUACAGCUUUAUCUAAGGAAGGAAUUCUGAUUUUAAAAAAUAUGGUGGAUGAGAAAAAGAAUGCUUUUGUACAGUCUGAUGGAAUAAUAGGACUUUACCGAGGAAAAAUUGUGCACCAAAUUGAAUUAGAACCUGGAACUCGUCCCGUUUUACAACGUCCUUAUACUAUACCUCACGCAUUAAGGGAGGAAGUGGAAACCCAAAUUAAAGAAAUGCUAAAACAAAACAUUAUUAAACCAUCGUCCUCAGCUUGGGCUUCAC